CAAACCCUAACGACACACUUUACUGUCUUUACGCGGCUAAAUCACAGUCUUUCCCCCUCUUCUUCCUCUGACUUUCCUCACCUGAAAUGGGCAAAGCGAAGAAGAACGUUUCGGCGAAUCAAGACACCACCCAGCCCAUCCACUCUCCUUCUCACUCUGGUAAAGAGAUGAAAGAUCAUUGGAUUGGGAGUUUUGGCAAUGAGUUUAUCAUGCAGGAGGACACUGUACCUUUUGAGGACGAUGCUGCUUGGAUAAACGACGAUGAGUAUACGGAGACUCAGGUCAUGGAUAAGGAAGAGUUUCUUCUUUGUGGUCAAACUCAAUAUCUGGAUUUUGGGGAGGAGGAUCAGCAGUUAAUUCAAGGCUCUGAUGGCUUGGAUACGCAGGUGCUCGAUCGUUUUGAUGAAGAAGAGGAUGUUGUUGUUGCGGAUAGUGAUGAUGAUGAUGAUGCUACUGUUUUCUUGGAAGAUAACAGCAGCGAGAGGCACAUCUCUGACUGUGGAGGAGCAAUCCUGUUAUUGAGUGAAGAUAAGGCUGGAGAGCUUCCUAAUGAAAACAUUAAAUCAACCGUUGAUUCUGUCUCGAAUGAACACGGAAUCUCUGGGAAGGUGGCUAGGUUUGCUUCAGUUCGUUCUGCAGCUUUUCGUUCUUCUGCUCGUGUUGCAGCCCGAAAGCUUCUCAACAGUGACUGUUCUACUUUACCCAACUCUCAUUCCUCUGGUCAAGGAGUUAAACAAAGUUCCCGUCUAGAACCAAAGGUUGGAGAAGUAGAUAAUCAGGAAUGUCCUCCCAAUAUGUCUGUACAAAAGAAAAAUGAAGGAAACAGAACAGCGAGGAAGCUUUUCCUUGAGGACGAUUCUCCUGAAGAAAACUGUCCUUGUCCUGGUUUGAGCUAUGUAGACUCUCAAGAGCCUGGCGAGGCAUCACAAGCCAAUGCUCUUGAAUUUGUUGAUAAACUCAUUAGCGAGUCAGGUCUAAGGUUUGAUGUUGAAGUUGAAGCUGAUUGUGGGAGGAGAACAGAAGAAAAAUCAAAAAGCAUUCCGAGUGUUAAAGGUCCACAAGAGUUAGCGAAGAAGGUAAGUUACAAAGCUAGAGCUGUUGGAAACAGUGUUUUUGACUGGGAUGAUAAUCUUGAGGAUGAAGGAGGAGGUGACAUUUGUCUUCGAAGACGAGAUGAAAUUUUUGGGGUUGCAACUAAAGCAAGAAGAUCUUCAACCUUGCCUAGAAAAGGACUUGGAGUUGCAGUGGAUAAAAGAAAGGUUCGUUCUGAUUCCAGACUGUUGCAUCGCAGUGUUACUAGGGGUCGAAAGAUGAUCCAAACCGCUACGAAGAAUCUUGGCAAAGAGUUAGAUGCGGUUUCGGAUGAAGAUAAUAAGAGAAUAUCUGAUAUGCGUGAAUUGGUAGCUCUAGGGUAUGAUGAACAAGCGGCGGCUGAAGCUGUUGAUGCUGUGUGCUCUGGAGACGGCAGCAAAGUUGAUGCUUGUCUUACAGAAGAGAGAGAGUUUUCUAAUGGUGGAGUUAUUACUAGACAAUCCAAAGGAACUAAGAGGAUUCAUGCUAUGGGUAAAGAUGAAUUGUUGAAAAGAAGGAUGAAGAAGGCAUGUCCGAGUCCUGCUAAACCAAAAAAGAAUCUUGUUAAUAAGUUGGACAGUAAUAGAAGAAUCUAUGAUAGGCGUGAAGAAGUAGAAGCAGGCUUUGAUACGCAAAUGGCUGCUGAAGCGAUCAAUGAUCUGCACUCUGGAGACGCCAGGCAAAUUGAUAAUGAUGUUGUUUCUAGUCGUGGAGUUGUUGUUACCAGGAAAUCCAAAAGACUUAAGGGGAUUGAGGCUUUGGAUAAUGAUGUUGAAUCGUUGAAACCAAAAACCAAGAAAGCUAAAUCAGUUCCUGCCAAGGCUUGUGAGAAGAAUGAGAAACUUCAUAUGCCAGAGGAAGUUGUUGUGUCAAGUACAGAGAAGAGAGGAGGAGAGUUAUCAAACAAACGUUGCAAGUCUAAGCUGAUUAAGCAAUCUAGUGGAGGUGAAGCAGAGGUGUUGAGUUACUCCAAGCGGAGAAGAUCAGCUCGUAUUUCGAAAGAUGAGGAUAAUGAGGCAGAGAGGAGUUCGGAUCCUGCUUUUGAUACUCCAGUCAAAUCUAAGGCGCCUUCAAAGAAUGUGUCGCCUAUAUGCAUGGGAGAUGAGUAUCAUAGACUUACGUGCAAGGAUUCUCGUAGUACAUCAAACACUACUACAAGGGAAAUUCGUAGCUUGACAUUACCACUAGUUGAACCUAUUUCUGAGACGAAGCGUACAAGAAAGAUAAGAGAUUUAGGUAGUAUACGUGUCUUGUUCAGCCAGCAUCUUGAUGAAGAUGUGACCAAGCAUCAGAAGAAGAUUUUGGCUAAGUUUGAUAUCUCGGAAGCAUCUUCGAUGCUGGAGGCAACACACUUUGUAGCGGAUAACUUUAUGCGAACAAGGAACAUGCUUGAGGCAAUCGCUUCAGGGAAGCCAGUGGUGACAACACAAUGGCUUGAAAGCAUUGAUCAAGUCAACAUAUAUGUUGACGAGGAUCUUUACAUUCUCAGAGACUCAAAGAAGGAGAAGGAGUUCGGUUUCAACAUGGGGGUUUCUUUGUCUCGUGCCCGGCAGAACCCACUACUAAAGGGGAGAAGAGUCUUUAUCACUCCAAAUACAAAGCCUGGUUUAAACACAAUCACGACUUUGGUUAAGGCAGUUCAUGGACAGCCUGUGGAAAGACUCGGAAGAUCUGUCCUAAGCGAAGAUAAGGUCCCAGAGAAUCUUCUAGUCUUAUCAUGUGAAGAGGAUCGAGAUAUCAGCAUACCAUUUCUAGAAAGAGGGGCUGAGGUCUAUAGCUCUGAGUUACUGCUGAACGGGAUAGUUACUCAAAAGCUAGAGUAUGAGAGGUACCGUCUCUUCACAGAUCAUGUUAGGAGAACGCGUUCGACAAUAUGGAUCAGAGACGGCAAAGGAGAGUACCAACGCCGUAGAGUGUAAAGGAGGAUAUGUGAUCAAACUACUCCUUUUAUGAAAGCUCCGUUUUAUAGAUUCAGUUCAAUAGAUUGAUUAGAAAGUGUUUGUAUAUGUAAUAUGUUUGUAACACUAUCUCAGACCCUUGUUUUCAGCUAAUGUUCGUUCUUUAAAAAAUAGUUAUAAUAGCCUGCAUAUGGCUAACAUACAAAAGAA